GUGCUAACUGAAGCUAACUGUGCUAACUGAAGCUACCUGUGCUAACUCUCAUACUGACACAGAUGCUAACCCAGCAGUAGCCCCUCGUAGCCCUUUCAAAAUUUCCCAGAUUGAAUUUUCUAGUUGAACAUUUGUGAUGCACAUGCAUCUGUUUCAGUGACUCGUUUAUUUGCAGUAAAGUAUUUGUGAUGUUUGUGAUGUGUGAAGGAUUUGUGAGUCUUCCCCUCCUGCACCUCCUGCACCUCCUGCACCUCCUCCGGCUCCGGAGCUCAGGUGCGACUGGUCCUCGUCCUCUUUGCUGUGAUUUCAGAUGGUAAAAAUCCCUUCGUGCAUCCUUAAAGGGAUUUUAACGCUUAAGUUAAGAACAGGUGGGAUUUAUCAUCACCGAUUAAUUAUUAGUGUGGGAGAACCAGUGUCCACACGUUUGAUAAAUCCAGAGUUUUUUGUACUUACACACAUUAUUAAUUUCAUUCCUACGUCAGAAUUUAGAAGCUUUUGUCCACAGGUUUGGUAAAUGAGGCCCUGGACUCUGAGGAGCCGCUAAAACUACAGAUGUUGUUGUAAGCACAGAUGAAACCAGCGGCUUUUAUAUCAAACAUCAUAGAGGAUGAACAGGUUCGAUCUACGCAGGGACCAGCGGAUGAUUUGGUGAAAGGAGACGUUAAAUAUCUUUCAGGGUGGGGCUCAUUCGUAUGAACGAGGAUGGAAUAAAGGAACUUCAGCGUUUAAAGUCCAAAAUGUAUCGAGGGGAAAAGAAAUAAAAUAUAAAUCCUUGUUUCAGAAACGGUAAAAAGAAUCUAGGUCUUUUUCUUUCCUGACCCGCACUCCACCAGGUGGCGGUACUACAUGACCCCCCCGCGAAUAAAGAAGAAGAGGAGCAGGAACCGGAACCGGAACCAUUGGGAGGAACUAAUGAAGCUGGUCGAUGGUUCCGGUCGGACACAUAUUCAGUGACACCGAGAUCAGAACGAACCAUCCGCGGCGGAUCAAUGAAAACAGUAAGGAGCUAACAGGCUAACAGCUAGCGGGACGCUCCGACCCGGUCGGACCCGGUUGGACCCGGUUGGACCCAGCGGGACCAUGCAGGCGGAGUUCCGGGCUCCGAGGCGCAGGUCCCGGGUCCAUGAGGACUACGAGGCUCCGCUGCCGGUGCAGAGGAGCCGGUACCGGGCAGAGCUCAUCAACCAGCACGUGGUGGUCCGUCACCCAGAACACAUCCAGAAGAUCCACGACCAGGGUUACUUCGGUAAAGGGGUCCUGUCCAGAGCCAGACCUGACCACAGCGUCUCUGACCAAUGGGAGCGACACCAGGACCAGAUCCUCCCGGUCCUCUCACAGCACAGGUAUGAAGAGCUGCUCAGGUGGGCGGGGACUGCGCUCUCUGCUCAGGGACUGGACGAUGAAGCUGUCAAUCAAACGCUUCUCAGACUGUCUCAGCCAAUAGAGAUGGAGGAGGCGACAGGGGGGGAGGAGCCAGGGCCAGAGGGUGGAGUCAGCCUUACGGCAAAGAGGCGGAGCCUGUGGUCAGAUGUCCAACCAGAGGCCAAGAGAAGCUGCAGGCUCGACCCAGAAGACCAGAACCCUGAUCCCAGCUCAGACCAGAACCCUGAUCCCAGCUCAGACCUGGACUCUGACUCCACCAGAGACCCUGGUUCUGAUCCUGAUUCCGAUCUAGACUCUGACUCUGAUCCAGGUCCUCUGGUUCCAGGUCCUGGUUUUGUCCUGGUCGUCUCUGACAAUGAGGCUGGAGGCGGGGUCCGGGAGCUGAGGCCGACGCCCUUCUUCCUGUCCGAGUACCUGCAACUCAGUCUGGAGGAGGCCUUCUUCUUGGUGUACGGUCUGGGCUGUCUGUCCGUCUACCUCCACCAGGAGCCGCUGUCCGUCAUCCAGCUGUGGAGGAAGUUCAAGUCUCUGCGUCCAGACUUCGUCAGCUCCUACGCAGCUUAUCAUCACUACCGCAGCAGGGGGUGGGUCCCUAAGACAGGGGGCGGGGCCAAGUACGGCGCUGACCUCAUGUUGUACAGGAAAGGACCGCCCUUCUACCACGCCAGACAGGUAGGACAGAAACAUGCUGAGACAUAGAAGAGGACAAUGGGUCCAAUCAGAGACAUCACUAAGAAGAUAGAGACUGGUCUGGUUCCAGUUUAGGAGGUUGGAGAGAGGAGGACUGGUCCGGAUCUGACUGGACCAGAACCCAGUGAGACCGAAGACAACAACAAUGAAACAGAGAAACAAUAGGAACCAACCAGUCAUGGGACCAAGUCACUUUAAAUCAGAUUUAAAACAGUGGAUAGUGGGUCAGGACUUAACGUGGGCUCCAUGUCCAAGUAACAUCCACACCAGCAGAACCCAGUAGAACCAAACGGUUUAAAUGUUAUUGACUCCUCCUGCCAGUGGUCAUAAUGUUGUGGCUCUUC